AUGAUCCCGUCCUUGUGCGAACCAGGAGACGACGGCAACUAUGGUUCCACAGCCGUUCAGGAUGUGCAUGUGGUUCAAACAAUGGCUACUCGGAUAUACUAUGGGCUGUUUGUAGCUGAGUCCAAGUUCAGAAGUGAGAGGGAGAAGGCCACUGCCAUGAUCAAGGCAAACGAUACUGACGGGCUUACCGCCUUCAUCACGAAGCCGGAUGUCGAAAAGAAGAAUGUGCAGAGAGUUAUCCUGAAGGCAAAGGCCUUCUCACAAAACAUUGCCUUGGACAAGCCAGAGGAGUCGGGCCCGGCUAUGUACAAGGUGAACCCAGAGUUCAUAGGUACUCUUUUUGAAGAGUACAUCAUGCCUUUGACCAAAGAGGUCGAAGUAGCAUAUCUUCUAGCGCGCCUGGAUGAGCCGCAGAGAGAGGUCUCUGCGCAGGAUGAGACCGACGUGGACUGGGUCAACCCUGCCAGAAAGUGA